CUACUUUGCCACUCCACCUUGUGUCGAGUGUCAAAUGCUUACGUAAUGUAAAAUUAUUUUCUGGUGCGAUACGUCUAGACGAGAAGUGCAACUCAAAACGAUAUUGUCAACUGCAUUCAGUUUUGCCAAGUAGUUGACGCUCUCUGGGAAUUUAAAAAAAAAAUACUGUGCUUUUCAAGGGGAGUAGCUCGAGAACGGCGUCUCAAAUUAUGAUAUUUCACCACUGACUUCCAUCGACCCGGCCAUUGUGACUCGCCCCGGGGAGUAUGACAGCAGCGGUCAUGGAAAAUAUUUCCUGGGAUCCUGCUCUUUCAAAACUUCUGAACUCCCUCGAAGAGCAUAAGAAUGACAUACCAAGCUGCACAGACGAGGAGUUCGGCUUUCUCAAUGAUUUAUUGCGAUCCAAGGAGCUCAAUGCUCUUGUCAACGUGCACAACAAGAUUUUGGCUAAUGUUCAGGAUGAAAAAUUCGCCCCUGUGCUGUCCAACUCGAUGGACAUCGAUGUCGAAGUCCUAGACAUGCUCUCGACGAAGACCCACGUCUCCGAAGAGUGCAAGGAAUUAUUUUAUCUGCUGCAGAGACCUCACAUACAGGGUCUGUUAUGCACACACGAUUCUGUCGCCCAGAAAGACUACUACCCCCGACUGUCCGAAAUCCCCCUAGAAGUGGACGAGGACGAGGAAACAGUGAAAAUAGUACAGCUCGUCAAGGCGGACGAACCACUGAGCGGUGAUGGAGUUGAACCGAUUGUGGGGGCGACUAUCAAGUUGUGCGAAGUUACUGGAAAAAUCGUGAUAGCAAGAGUGAUGCACGGAGGAGCUGCUGACAGAUCCGGUCUCAUUCAUGUUGGCGAUGAAGUAGUCGAAGUCAACGGCAUAAGCGUCGAGGGAAAGACUCCGAAUUGUGUUCUCAAAAUUCUACAAAGCUCUGAAGGUGCUAUUACCUUCAAAAUAAUUCCAGCGGACAGUAAAGGAGGAAUGAGAGAGAGUAAGGUUCGUAUGAGGGCCCAUUUUUCCUACACAGCAGCUGAUGACCCUCAUAUUCCUUGCAAAGAGGCAGGUCUAGACUUCAACAAAGGUGACGUGCUCCAUAUAGUCACCCAGGACGACGCAUACUGGUGGCAGGCCCGUCGUGAAGGUGACAGAAACAUAAGGGCCGGCCUCAUCCCCAGCAGACCUCUCCAGGAGCGUCGAAUCAUUCUAGAGAGACAGCAGAAAGACAAGACUCAGGAUGAUGAAAGUCUCAGCUUGUGUUCUGUUCCAGUGCCUUUGCCCGCAUUGUGCCCCCGUCCCAGUACUUCUUCUUUGCACGCUUCGCCCACAAAGUGCAACUUGCAGGGAAUUAAAAUUAAAAAAAUCAUGUAUGACGCUGCAGAGAACGACGACUUUGAUCGGGAAGAGAUACCGACCUACGAGGAAGUGGCUAAACUCUAUCCAAGACCCGGUGUGUACCGUCCUAUUGUGUUGAUUGGACCACCAGGAGUCGGAAGGAACGAGCUCAAGAGGAGUCUCAUGGCUCUGGAUCCAGAUAAAUUCAAAACGCCUGUUCCAUACACAUCAAGGCCACCGCGACCUGGGGAGGAAGAUGGACAGGAGUACCAUUUCUGCACUCGUGAGAAAAUGAACGAGGAUAUUGAUUCCGGAAAGUUCAUCGAAUACGGAGAGUACAAGGGAAAUUUAUAUGGCACCAAAGCGGACACUGUUAUUUCUCUAGUAAACGCUGGCUUCGUCGUCAUUCUUAAUCCUCACUAUCAGGCCCUCAAAAUGCUCAGGUCACCGCAGCUGAAGCCUUACAUUAUUUACAUCAAACCUCCCCAAUUCGAAGCGCUGAAGGUGACGAGAAAUGAAGCGAGAGCGAGGUCUACAUUUGAUGAAGCCAAUUCCAGAGGAUUUACCGACGAUGAAUUCCAGGAGAUCCUACAUAGCGCCGCUCGAAUUGAGUUCCUGUACUCCCACCUAUUUGAUGAGGUAAUCGUAAAUGACGACUUGCCAAUGGCACUGGAGCAGUUGGUGUCAGCCAUCCACAGGGUGGAGUCAGAGCCCCUGUGGGUGCCGACCUUGUGGGUUCAGUGAAGCGUGGAGUUAAUUAAAUCGAGUGAAUGACAUGAUAGAAUUGACUGGCAUUUCGUUUUAUGAGUUUACGAUUAUCCACUGCAACUGUCAGGGUGACUCUUUAAUCAUUAUGUUUCAUGAACCGAAGAUUUAUUGUUAUAAUUUUCAUUACCUUCCAGUAAUCAGGCAGAAUGCCCCUUCAUCUACCUUCACUGCCAAAGAAAUGUAUGAAUAAUGUAGAAGAUAAUUCACCCAUUGCAACCAAAAACCACCAAAAUAAACAUAUAAUUUAUUAUUAUUCUGGACAAGAUUUAGACAGAUGGGAUGAUCAUGUUAAUUGUUGCCAAAUCAUUAUUAAUGAAUAAUUGAAAGAUUUUAUGAGAGAAAUUUUUUGUCACUGACGUAUCAAAAGCUCAGUCCGCAAAUUCAGACCGAACAAUCCCUCAGGAAAUUAUUAAAGCGGUGCAAGCUCUGCCCCAUCUUCAACACGAGCUAGAAUCAUUAAAAAUUUAACAACAAAGAUUUGUCAGUGAAAAUGAGAAACCUGAUUUUCUCAACAUAUUUUUUAUGAUAAUGAGGAUAAAGUGCCUGCAGGUGUUAUUUUAAAUCAAUUUUCAGCGACAUUUUUGCAUUUUGAGGGAUCAGUCGAAAAUGUUCCUCGAUAAGUGGGAAAUUCUCUCGACAAAUAGAAAAUUUAGACAGCAAUGUCACGAGAAUUUAUCGCACAAGAGAUAAAGAUGUAUAAAAUAUGUUUUGAAACACAAAGAAAACACCCGAAGGAAAUUCCUAUUUAUUUUUAUUUGUAAAUUUUUAUUUACCAUUUACUCUCACCUUCCCCUUUCUCCUAUAUUUUUUUUAUUCUCGUGUUUAGUCUUUCGAGAGUGGGCUGCACCUCCUUCGCUCUUUCCCCGGUUGGGGAGCCUCGCUUUUGACAUGUCUGUGACUACAAUUAGCAUUUGCAGAGAAAUAUUCAAUAACAAUUUGACGUAAUUGUUGCGUAAUGUUUCCUUAAACUCACGUAAUUUCUCCAGACAUUUAUUCAUUUACAUUUCAAAACACAAUUAUUCCUUUUUUUCUGGCAAGUCUCAUUGAAUAUUUCUCUCCGUGCGUCGACCGUGUUUCGCGGCCCCACGACAAAUUGUACUACGAACGUUAAAUAAUAAUAAAAUCGACUAUUUUCCCAAUGGUUUUGAUCAUGACUGAGGAGCAGUAAAAUUACAUUGCUGUCAAUGGAAAUCAAUGAUGAAUUAAUCAUGUUGAAAUUAUUGUCGUUAUAUUUGAUAGAUUCGCUCUUCGAUGUAAUCUCUCUGUAUAUGUUAAUAAAAUUUUAUGGUAUUAAUUGAAGACUUAGAUAACAAUAUUUAUAAUUUUAUUAUUAUUUUUGGAACUUUUAUUUAUAAUCAUUAGUAUCGUCAUCCAGCUCUGCGAUUUUUUCGCUGUCGUCGAUUUUUCUUUUUUGAUAAUAUCUCAUACGCCUGCUGAAUCUCCAUAAAUCUGUCUUGAGCAGAUCGUUUGGCAUCCUCAUCCCCCUUGACCUUAUCAGGGUGAUGUUCUUUGGACAGAGUUCGCCAUUUCGCUGUUAUUUCACUCUCUGAAGCUGUCGUAGACAAAUCCAGUACCUGUCAUGCACAAAUUCAUUUUUCAUCCCCUCAUUGAU